AUGAUUGUUUCAGAUCUGCUUGUGGAAAAGGACAAGCACGUUGAAUCCAGGAAUUCAAAUCCAGUUGAAGGUGCCGAGCCUCGACAGCACCUGGAGAAGGGCUAUAGUGCCAGUGGCAGUCUAAGCUCUGUCACCAGAGCCGACUUUGGCAG